GUGUAUUUCUGAGGAUUUUGUGGAAAUUGUAUUCACGUGGGGGGUAGAGUGGUUACAUGGCUGAUUUAAAUAUCAGAGUUAGGAAAGGGUUUACAAGGAAAAUUAUAAGUAAAAUGAGCAAAAUUGGUGUACUUUUUAUUUUCGAUUAUUAAUUGUAUAUUGUUUAUACAAAAACAAAAAUAAUAAUUGUUUAAAAAAUUUUCAAAAUAAUACAAAGACUUGUAUAAUAAUUCGAAGGGUUAAAAAUAAACGUUUUCUUAAUUUACAAACUUAAAGUAGCAACAGAAUGAAAGUUUAUUCAAACUGACAACAGUAAUUCACAAUAGAGUUUCUCUAACUGACAUACUUCUUUCAUCGAUAAAAUUGCCAUUAUUGUCUUACAAAAAGAAAAGUCAAGUUAAGACGGUAAUACGGUUAUUCAAGCUGCCAAUCAUCGAAUACCAUCGUGGAAUAUUGAAAGAGGAGAAAAUUGUUUAUCAGACAUCACAGGUACGUGAAUUAAAAUUCAAACAGCUCAACCGUUCCCCUCUGAAUUUUCCAAGGAUGAUGGGAUUCGUGUAUAAAAAGCCCGGUAGAAGCUAUGGACCGUGCAUUCUUCCGCCGAUUUCCGAUUCUCCAACACACAGUUCGCAGAUAUGAAUUUAACUGUUGCCCUGGCAUUCACAAUGGCCAUUAUUUGGUUUUUCUACGGAAAAUGUGAAGCAGCUCCUGAAAUUGUUAAUAACAUGCGUCGAAGGUUCCGUAGUCGACCUUUAUUACGAGGGUAUGCAGUGGAAAAUUUAUUUGGAGAAGACGAUGACUUUUUAGAUAUAAAUAAACGACAACAAUUCGAUGAUUAUGGUCAUAUGAGAUUUGGAAAACGGGAACAGUUUGAUGAUUAUGGUCAUAUGCGAUUCGGUAGGAGUCACGAAUAAUUAAUGGUGUCAUAAAUAAAUAAUUUGCAGUGGUAUUUCAUUGUUUUUGCUGCAGAAGUAAUACUUGGUUCAAACUGUAGAUGAAAUAUAUUUUACAUUGCGACGAUGCA